GCAGAGCCAUCAGGCAGAGAGACAGUGACACAGACAGGAGGACACAGAGACAGACAGACAGACAGAGGGACAGCAGGCUGAGCUCCGGCAGUCGGUCGGUCGGUCGGUCGGUAUGUAGCAGCAGCGGAGGAUUAUCAGAGGAUUAUAAUCUAACCCCGCCGAGGAUGAGCCGCUCCCCGGCCGCCUGAAGGAGUCUCAAACCCCGCCGUUAUUCCGCUCAUCUUCUCCGUCUGGACAAAAAUGGCGAACGAGUCCCCGGCCAAGAGUCUGGUGGACAUAGACCUGGCGUCCCUCAGGGAUCCGGCCGGAAUAUUCGAGCUGGUGGAGGUGGUCGGAAAUGGGACCUACGGACAAGUCUACAAGGGUCGACAUGUCAAGACGGGUCAGCUGGCGGCCAUCAAGGUCAUGGACGUCACCGAGGAUGAAGAGGAGGAAAUUAAGCUGGAGAUCAACAUGCUGAAGAAGUACUCCCACCACAGAAACAUCGCCACCUACUACGGAGCCUUCAUCAAGAAGAGUCCUCCAGGUCACGACGACCAGCUCUGGCUGGUGAUGGAGUUCUGCGGCGCCGGUUCCAUCACAGAUCUGGUGAAGAACACCAAAGGAAACACGCUGAAGGAGGACUGGAUCGCCUACAUCUCCAGAGAGAUCCUCAGGGGAUUGGCUCACCUGCAUGCUCAUCACGUCAUCCACCGUGACAUCAAGGGUCAGAACGUGCUGCUGACGGAGAACGCUGAAGUCAAGCUGGGUGUCCUUCAGAGUGACCUGUGGUCCUGUGGAAUCACCGCCAUAGAGAUGGCUGAAGGAGCUCCUCCUCUGUGCGACAUGCAUCCAAUGAGAGCCCUCUUCCUCAUCCCCAGAAACCCUCCUCCUCGACUCAAGUCCAAAAAAUGGUCGAAGAAGUUCUUCAGCUUCAUCGAGGGCUGCCUGGUGAAGAACUACACUCAGCGUCCUCCGACCGAGCAGCUGCUCAAACACCCCUUCAUCCGGGACCAGCCCAACGAGAGGCAGGUCCGCAUCCAGCUCAAAGACCACAUCGACCGGACCAAGAAGAAGAGGGGAGAGAAGGAUGAGACAGAGUAUGAAUACAGCGGUAGUGAAGAAGAGGAGGAGGAAGCAUCUGAGCAGGAAGGAGAGCCCAGCUCCAUCGUCAACGUGCCAGGCGAGUCGACUCUUCGCCGUGACUUUAUCCGGCUGCAGCAGGAGAACAAGGAGCGCUCGGAGGCGCUGCGUCGUCAGCAGCUUCUCCAGGAGCAGCAGCUCCGCGAGCAGGAGGAGUACAAACGCCAACUGCUGGCUGAGAGGCAGAAACGUAUCGAGCAGCAGAAGGAGCAGAGGAGGCGGCUGGAGGAGCAACAACGGCGUGAGCGUGAGAUGAGGAGGCAGCAGGAGCGCGAGCAGCGCCGACGUGAGCAGGAGGAGAAGAGACGCAUCGAGGAGAUGGAGCGACGCCGCAAAGAGGAGGAAGAGCGCAGGAGGGCUGAGGAGGAGAAGAGGAGGGCUGAUCGAGAACAGGAGUACAUCCGGCGUCAGCUGGAGGAGGAGCAGAGGCACCUGGAGAUCCUGCAGCAGCAGCUGCUCCAUGAACAGGCCAUGCUGCUGGAGUAUAAAUGGCGGGAGCUGGAGGAGCAGCGUCAGGCCCAGAAGCUCCAGAGACAGCUGCAGCAGGAGCAGGCCUACCUGCUGUCCCUCCAGCAGAACCAGAACCUGGAUCUUAACAAAACAGCCCAUCAACAGAGCCCCAAACCCCCACAGAGUCUAGACCAGGACAGGACGAAGCCCUCCCAGAGCCUGGACCAGGACAGGACGAAGUCCUCCCAGAGCCUGGACCAGGACAGGAUGAAGUCCCCUCAGAACCUGGACCAGGACAGGACGAAGCCCCCCCAGAGCCUGGACCAGGACAGGACGAAGCCCCCUCAGAGCCUGGACCAGGACAGGACGAAGCCCCCCCAGAGCCUGGACCAGGAGAGGACGAAGCCCCCUCAGAUCUUGGACCAGGACAGGACGAAGCCCCUCCAGAGCCUGGACCAGGACAGGACGAAGCCCCCUCAGAUCCUGGACCGGGCCAGGACGAAGCCCCCCCAGAGCUCUGAACCGGACCCAACUAAACUACCGCAGCAUACAGACUCUGAAAAGACGAGUCAGAGUCACAGUCUGAAGAAAACUACACAACCCAGGCUUCCUGUCGCUGAGGUUGAAGGCCCCGCCCCUGACUCUGAGCCAAUCAGAGAGGCUGACGAGCGAUACCGGAAGAACAUCCAAGGUUCUCCUCAGGCAGCUCAGACCAAACCACAGCAGCCUCCGGUGCCACCACGCUCUGAGUCCUCCUAUCCCAACGGGAACUCGGUGUCUGAAGCGCCCGCCAUGCACCGGCCUGUGGAACCACAGGUUCCUGUAAGGACUACGUCAAGGUCCCCGGUGUUGUCAAGGCGAGACUCGCCUCAUCACCACGGCAACGCCUCACACAGCAGCCAUGCAGUGCACCGCACCGCCGCCAGCGCGGCAGAGCCUCGGCUGCUGUGGGAGCGAGUGGAAAAACUGGUUCCCAGACCGACCAGUAACACCGGCAGCGGAGGCUCCAGUUCCUCCAGCAGCUCCAGUAACUCCAGCUCUCAGCCCGGCUCUCACUGCGGCUCUGGAGAGAGGUUCAGGGCCCGCUCCUCCAGCAAAUCAGAGGGCUCACCCCUCCAACGUCCAGAGAACGCUGGGAAAAAACCCGAGGAGAGAAAGGACGUGGUCAGGCCGAAUAGACCAGCGGACCUGACGGCGCUCGCCAAGGAGCUGCGAGCAGUGGACGACGUCCGUCCUCCAAACAAGGUGACAGAUUAUUCAUCUUCCAGUGAAGACUCAGACACCACUGAUGAAGACGACGAUGAAGAGGUAGACCAGGAGGCAGGCGAAGAGUCAACCUCCGGCCCGGAGGACUCCAGAGCUGUGUCGUCCAGGCUGAGUAACGGAGAGACGGAGUCGGUGAAGACUAUGAUCGUUCAUGAUGAAGGCGAGAGCGACGCAGGCUCGACGCCCUGCAAAGACAGCACACUGAUCGUCAGACAGAGCCAGUCCAGUAACAACAUGCAGAAACACAAGUCUUCUUCCUCCUUCACUCCGUUCAUCGACCCACGCCUCCUCCAAGUCUCUCCAUCCACUGGCAGCGCCCUCAACAACGUCGGCUACGGGAACGAUGCCCGGCUGGCAGAGGCGCUGAGGGCCGACCAAUCUCGGAAGGGCUCCGUGGUCAAUGUGAACCCAGUCAACACUCGCCCACAGAGCGACACACCGGAGAUCCGCAAAUACAAAAAGAGGUUUAACUCUGAGAUCCUGUGUGCUGCGCUCUGGGGUGUGAACCUGUUGGUGGGAACAGAGAGUGGUCUGAUGUUGUUGGAUCGCAGCGGUCAGGGGAAAGUUUAUCCUCUCAUCAACCGACGGCGCUUCCAGCAGAUGGACGUCCUGGAGGGACUCAACGUCCUGGUCACUAUAUCAGGUAAGAAGAACAAGCUGCGAGUUUACUACCUGUCCUGGCUGAGGAACAAGAUCCUGCACAAUGAUCCUGAGGUGGAGAAGAAACAGGGCUGGACCACCGUCGGAGACCUGGAGGGCUGCGUUCAUUACAAAGUUGUAAAAUAUGAGAGGAUCAAAUUCUUGGUUCUGGCUCUGAAGAACUCGGUGGAGGUCUACGCCUGGGCACCAAAACCUUACCACAAGUUCAUGGCCUUCAAGUCUUUCGGUGACCUGGUUCACAAACCGCUGCUGGUCGACCUGACUGUGGAGGAAGGUCAGAGGUUAAAGGUCAUCUACGGCUCGUGUUCAGGCUUCCAUGCUGUGGACGUGGACUCUGGGGCUGUGUACGACAUCUACCUGCCGACGCAUAUCCAGACCAGCAUCCAGUCUCACGCCAUCAUCAUCCUGCCCAACACCGAUGGCAUCGAGCUGCUGGUCUGCUACGAGGACGAGGGUGUUUACGUCAACACCUACGGACGCAUCACCAAGGACGUGGUGCUGCAGUGGGGGGAGAUGCCGACCUCCGUGGCCUACAUCCGAUCCAACCAGAUCAUGGGCUGGGGAGAGAAGGCCAUCGAGAUCCGCUCGGUGGAGACCGGCCAUCUGGACGGCGUCUUCAUGCACAAGAGAGCUCAGAGACUCAAGUUCCUCUGUGAGAGAAACGACAAGGUGUUCUUUGCCUCCGUUCGGUCUGGAGGCUCCAGCCAGGUCUACUUUAUGACUCUGGGCCGAAGCAACCUGCUCAGCUGGUAGAGGUCCACGCCCUGCCCUCCUCCUCCUCCUUCUCCUCAUCCUCCUCAUUGUCCUCCACCCUCGCUAACACUGGAUCUCAGAACCCACCGUCGAUGUCUUGUCAACCCUCGGACAACCACAAGAGAACAAAAUCAACAGCCAACCAGCAGCGAAGACUUCUUCACCUUCCUCUGGCUUUGCUUGCAUCAGAGCUCCGAGGCCGCCUGCGAUGCAGCGACAAGCCGUGAAGUCGUCUCCCCCUGAAAUGAUGAAAUCAAUGAUUAAUUAAUAUAUGAAAAGAAGUAGAAAUAAAUUCAAUGUGAAUUCAAGACAAGGGGGCAAACGACUUUGUGUUUCCCUCUCGGUUUUCUUGGUGCUCAUCAGUUUGCGAUGGGACAGAUUUUUGUACCUCUGCAUCAUCUCUGUGCUCCUGGGCUGGUCAGUAAGCUUGAGGUCUUCUAACUACUUGUACUGCUACCACUAUUAUUACUAGUACUGCUACUACCUUCUGCAGGUCUGCCUCUCAUCAGAGAGUUCCCCCUCUGCCCUGUAUUCCUGCCCUCCGCCCUUUCGUAUGAGUGUAUCAUGGGGCCGGAGGGGCAGAGUCUGUUGUAUUAAAGCUACAGUAGUGUGUGUUAAUGUACUUCUGUUUGGUCCAAUUACUGCUGACAUGCUGGUUCAAGGUUGAGACUGUCAGCUGGGACAGACUGAGUCGUCACAGAGCCGGUCAGGGUUAGGGACAGACUGAGUCGUCACGGAGCCGGUCAGGGUUAGGGACGGACUGACAAGCAGAGCAGAAUAUUUGAGGUUCUACUGUAAGUCUGAUCGAUGGGACUCGACAGGUGGGCGUGUGUGUGCGUCGUUGAAGUAUCGUGUUGUUUGGACAGGUGCUUUAAAAGGAGGAGGAUGACAGAGAGAGAGAGACGCUGAAGCAGACGGAUUUCAAAAUAGUAUUUUUUGAAUUAUUAUUAUUAUGGUUAUUAUUCCUUGAAGAUAAGUGUAACCAUGUGGAGUGUCUUUAACCUUGUUUUUUAAGAUUUACGCACAUCCACCCACAGUUUGCUUGCUUUGACUCUGAACCCCCAGACUGUGUGUUUGUCCGAGAGGAAGUGAUGUGGGCGUGGUCCAAAAGAUUAAAUAAGAUUAAAGGUGUCUAUGUAAAAUAAAAGUUCGUUGAAUCUUCCAGAUAGUGUCAGUGGUCCUGUUUCAACUGGUCCAAUGUGACCAUCAUCUCGGGUUAUCGGGAGGUCGGCCGAUCUCAACUCGAGAACUGCUGUGAAUAGUUGGAUAUAAAAAAGAUUCGGAUAGCGAUACAGUCGAGGAGAAAGUUCAGUAUGUGUGCGUGCGGUCAGAGAGUUGAGCGUCAUCGAUGAAUCAGGUUUUUGUGGCAGAGGUAAACGCGUGGUCGGCAGGUUUGCUUCAGCAGUUUUUUUUUCUAUCUUCCAUUUCAGAUCAUUUUCACUUGUAUCAUUUGUAUGAAUGCAAUGCACUAUGUGUCAAGAAUGUAGAAAGACUUAUUACUGUGUGGUGGUCCAAGGCAUGAGAUGAUGUUUUUACUUUGUAUCUUGUCAAGUGAUCAAUCCUAGAUGUUCAAUUUAAGACGACUGAAAGCUGCAGCAGCGGAGCCUCUAUGUCAGGUGUAGAUAUUUUAUUCUGUAUUUGUAACAGCUGUGAGAAUCUGUGCAGAAGCUCAGAGCACUUCAGAGCUGACGAGGUUUUCCUGCAUCUUUCCCAUCAAUGAGGACGUAAACCUUCUCAACACAAUGUCAGACUCUGGAUUUCAGUGUUACUGUGACGAAAGGAACGAGCAACACGGAGCAGAACUUUUUCCUCACUCAGCUGUUUGUGAAGAAGACGGAAACCCACUUUUUGGGGAAGGAAUAGUUUUCUCUACUUCCUGCUCUGGCCGUUAUUUAAGUUGUCUGUAUAUGUGAAAGACUGGGCAGCAGACUGCAGCAUCGACCUCCUGCAGUGUUGAUCUCCUGCAGCAUCGACCUCCUGCAGUGUCGAUCUCCUGCAGCAUUGAUCUAUUGAUCUCUUGCGGCGUCGAUCUGCAGCGUCGAUCUACUGCAGCAUCGAUCAAUCUCCCACAGCGUUGAUCUCCUGCAGCGUUGAUCUAUUGAUCUCCUGCAGCAUCAUUCUCCUCCAGCAUCAAUCUGCAGCGUCAAUCUCCCGCAGCAUUGAUCUCCUGCAGCAUUGAUCUGCGGCGUCAAUCUCCUGCAGCGUCAAUCUCCUGCAGCGUCAAUCUCCUGCAGCGUCGAGCUCUUGAAGCUGAUUUUCCACAGCGACUCUCAAAGAUUGCACACUGAAAAAAAGGGGCAAAGGACAGUCCGAUUUUUGCUCUCGCUUCAUGUCCAAACACGUCAGGUCACAAACACGUUUACCUUGAGUGUGUUUUUCCCCCUGACGGUAAUGUGUUUUUGACAUGUCAGAGGUUACUGUCAGUCACUCAGUAACAGUUUGUGUCACAAACUUUCCUCCCCUCUUACAGAGAAGCUGUUUGGACAUCCUAAUGCUGUGUUGCCUGAGGUCUGUGUGUGCAGUAGUACCCAGUGUGUGUCUCUAAGUGCAUCAAGGCCUUGAUGAGUGGCUGUAUUGACUUCAUGAAAACAUUGUGGUUAUUAUUGAUAUUCUUCAUGGGCUAAAAAAGGAGGAGAAAUACCUGAUGAGAAAAAGCAGUCGCUUGCUGACUCACAUUGGAAAAAGUGCCAAGAGGGCAGCAUUUAAAAGGUGUUGUUAUGAAACCACUACUCUGAAAUCCUUUUUAAAAGAUCACUUGAAGCAUUGUGUAUUCUUCAGUUUUAGAGCUAGUCGGAAAGCUUACCAAUAGUUUCUAUUGUUUCUGUAAGUCUAUGUACACGUAAAUAUGCGACUGCGGUGGUUUAAUAUUAUUACGCUCACCUUAGGUGGAGAAAAUGUUUACAGAGGCCAUGUUUUGUUACACUAAUGUGCAUCACCGUAUUUAUGUUUAAUGCAUCUGCUUCUUUUCAGCCUUUGUUUUUGAGCCUGUUUUUUUGGGGGGGAUAUUUUCUUUUGCCCCCCCCCCCCCAACAGAAUAACCCACUCAACAAAACAAUAAAGAACACGUGUGUUGUUCAUUUCAGGUAUUCACAUAGCGCUGCUUCAAACGUGGAAACAUUGCAGUAACGUUCCCUGCAGGCUUGGAUGUGAGGCGAGGUGUUUCUCCUGCCGUGCUUCUCUAACUUAUGUCCUCUCUGUGUAUGACAGGAAGUCAUGUAUUUUCCUGAAGGUUUUUUCUUUGAAUAAACUUUAAAAGUAAUUUUAAAAGAA